CAUUUGGAGGACGGAUUUGGAUUUCAUGGUGGUGCAUAGGGACAGGCAGCAGACGACGCUGCCGGCGCUCCUGACGCCCGAAGAGGUCGUUGGAAACUCGAGCCUCCUUCCUGACGGCACCAGACCGACGGCGAUGGCCUUCACGCAUACGGUCGUCAAGACCUUAAGGGAAUACAUCGGUCACGAGCAGCACGACAACCUUCAAACGAACAUAGAAACGGGAUGGGGCAGCACCGUCAGCGUGGAAUUCCUGAAUUUCGCCUUCUCGCUGCUCGUCUACGCCGUCCGUUAUCCUGCCAUCUUCUGGGCGACGAACAAGUGUCUGGGUCUGGUCUUCUCCGUUCAGCUAUUGAUGAACGGCAUGCAGAUUCUGCUCGCCUACGCCGGGAUGUCCGUCCUUUACAAGGUGCAAAUAUUUGGGGCCUGGAAGGCGCUGCCGCUGCUCAAGCAUCAGCCGGGCGGACUCUCACCUCUCGGGGGAAUCACACCCUUCCUGCUCAAUCCCCAAGUAACGUUGGCCCUUUACAUCUUGUCGCUGCUCCUGAUCUUCUCCUCCAGUCUAGUGCUAUACCUUUACGGUCACACCAGAUUCCUUUCGUUCGUUAAUCAAGAGCGCGAACGAAAAGUGAUUAUGCUGCGUGAGGGCGCCCACUCGAGGAUGGGUUAUUUCACUCACUGCGCCGCUCUCUGCGUUUUGAUCUCCGUCUGCUUAUGUAACGGUCCACUCUUCCACGACUAUACCAUCGUCUACAAGGGUAGUCUUGAUGGAGCCAUCCUGGCAACCAUUAUAGGUAGCAUCCUCCAUCUUUUCCUGUGGGUCGUAGUCUGGUUGUUCCUCACCAUCAAGCAGAAAUGGACCUUCAAGUUACGCGUAACGGUUGGAAGAGCUACCGUCAGACAGGCUAGAUCAUUGCGACUAGUCACCGACGUUGAUCUAAUGUCCAAUAACUCCGAAGACCCAAGCACUCAACCUCUUCUGGUGGUCGGUAACGGACGCACCUAUACCAUAACAGAGGUGUCUCCGAAGAAGGCCAUCAUGGGCGUCAUCCAGAAGGCUUCGAUGAUCAAAAAGGUGAAGGCUGAGAACAGCGGAUCCACAGCCGACGAGACUGACGAGGAGCAGAUCUACUGGCUGAGACCGGCCCUGGUUACGCCGCACGCCUCCCCCGACGGCACCAAACAGCUCUGCUGGUUCAACAAGAAACCGAAGCACAAGGUCACCUUUAACGAAUCCUCCAGUACGUCUAUUGCGCGUAAUAAAAGUAAUGGGAGCAGAAGACGGCUGCCGGGAAUGGAGAUCGAUGAUGGGGACUACGCCACAUUAAGGGAGCUACCGUUGAAGCCCGGAGAAUCCAUGGAUAACGAUAACAUCAGCGAGGAAGGAAAGCUUCUGGCUUGCGUACAUGACGAGCACGUGACAUAUGCUAGUACUAGUCGAGAUUUAGUCCCGCCGGUAGAUUACGAGGAUCCGAGCCCGCUGCUAACGCCAGAACCCUUGGACAAGAUCGACCAUCAGCAGACGCCGAUCUCUGUGAUCGUUCACAAUCAGACGCAGGGUUCUUCGAGCGGUCUGACUCCGCGCUGCCUGAGGCGAGCGGAUUCAGGGAUGCCGCACGAGGAGUUGACGCCUCGUUCGGACUCGAUAAGUACGGAAAGCUCAUCGCCGCCGGAUCCGCCCGGUAGUAACCACAGUGAGACAUCGAGUGGGAUACAUUCUAAUGAAAGUUCUGAUCAUCAGCAGUUCGGUCCGGCGACGACGCCGCCACCGUCGUCGUCGUCGGUGUCGACGAGGCGUGCCACAAGCGUGGCCGACUUGCAGCAGCCCGCCAAAGAGGAGAUUCAAUGGAAAUCUUGCUCAUUGCAGAGAAACAUGCAACCGCCUCCGACUAGCGCAGCUAGUUUCGCCCAGUACAUGGCCGCCUCCGCCGCCGCCGCCGCCACGGCAGCCUCCAGCCCGAGCUCGAACUGCUCCUCCUCGCUCUACGGCUACACUACCUCUGCCGCUACCGCUUCGAGCUGCAACAACUAUGUGAACGCCUCCGAUCUGGAUCGUAACGUGAUCCUGGAGAAUCCCAACGACGAGACCGUCGUGAUCAGACGCAAGGCCGUCCGACCCAAGACCACCGUCGAACAUCACAACCAUCACCUGCCCAUACACCAGGUGAUUAUCAAAGAGGAACCCUUCGGACGCGCCACCAACAUGCGCAUGACCUCGUUCACGGACGACCUUCGCGGAUCUCAAGCCUCUUCGGCGACGCUCCCGCAUUAUCCUACGCAGCCGGUGCCAAGCACGAACGGCUUCCCGCACUGCUCGACGAUGCCUCUGCCACAGCACACUUCGUCCAGCAUUCCAGCAGGUCACGGUCUCGGCGGUGGCAACAGCUGCAACGUCUAUCCUCGGCAACACACCACCAUACCCACCCAUCACAACGGAGUCCGACUCUUCGGCGGAUCGCAGAACCCCUACCUGAAGCGUCUGCAAUGCCAGAACGGCGUUGCGAAUCGCUACAACAGCCUCAACGAGCCCAUCUACACCGGAGUCAACAAACUCACCGGAGAGAUCUACCACUACAACUCGUAAACACCCACCACCACAACCACUGGAUGAUCAUCGAUUUGCAUAGGCACAAUUCAGUUAUGUUCCCCCGAAAUUUGUAUAUUUUUUCCUGUAUAGUCUCUUUACAUAUACAUAUUAUAUAUAUACAUUUUACUAUAAUUUAUAAACGACGACUUUUUGCGGAGGAUAUUUUUGUACAUACAUAGGCGAACGUUAGGGAAACCGGUUGUAGUAGAUCAAUCAAAGAGCGGAACGGAUCAAGUAACAAAUACUGACACAAAGAGCGAGCGAGCGACAGAGUUAGAAAGUAGUAGCCAUGUCAAACUGAAUCCGGAAUUACAUACACUAAACAUCUACAAAUAUUUGCAAAAAUACAUCAAUAAUUAAACAAUACAAGAACAUCAACUUUCUUCAUGUUAUCAUACUCAUCAUCUUUACGAAAUCAUAAAGACAAAAAUUAAAGAACGUUUGUAGACGGUUUAAGUUGUAUGCAAAUUCCGGUUUUCGAUGUAGGGAUUUAGGCAAAAUAUGUAAUCGAUAAUAAUAUGUUUUAAUUUAUGUAAUUCGACGGUUUGGCAUGCGCGAGUUGGAGUAAAACCACACCAAAAAUAAUUAUAUAUCUUCGAAAACAAACAAAAUUUUGGCCGAUCUAUAAUUUCAUCUAGCUUCUAGACGUGCAAAACCAUUUCAAUUUUUCCCGUAUUUAUAAAAAAAAAUACUAAUAUUUAUUUCGUAAAUUAUUAACACGACAUUAUGUUUUUAGUUUAGAUUUUCUAAAACAGAAGCCAAAGAUUUAGUUUU